GCAGGUGACCGCGCCAGGAUUGGCGUACAUCUGUCUUGGUGGUUUUGUAGUCUUGGUUCGUUCUAUUUCCCUUUCAAUACAUCUAGUCGUCGCUGUUCAACGGCUUGUCAUUUAUAUUGCUGUUACUCCAAGUGCUGAUUCUUGACCGCAGUUCUCGAUGAUAUCCCUCCUAGUAAAAGAGAAGCUUUAUAUCAAUGAAGUCGUCCUCGGCACCGGCUUUGGGAUCAUCAUAGGCCCUUACGCCGCCAAUGUAUUCACACCUCGUGAAUGGGGCCCCUUGGAAAAUACCAUAACAUUGGAGGUGAUGCGCGUCGUCCUCGCCACCGGCCUGUUCGCAGUCGGAGUCGAAUUACCAUGCGCAUAUAUGAAAGAGCAUGCAAAAAGCUUGCUCAUAGUGGUCGUGCCCACCAUGGCCUUUGGUUGGGUCGUUGUCGCUGGUGUCAUACAAACAUUGUUUCCGGAGCUCAAUUACAUCUCGUCUCUUUGCAUUGCUGCCUGUUUGACCCCUACGGACCCAGUCACCUGUGCUGCUAUCACCCGCGGCAAAUUUGCCACAAAGCAUGUCCCUGUGAAUAUUCGUCGGAUAUUGUCUGCGGAAUCCGCAGCGAAUGAUGGUCUUGCAUAUCCGUUCCUUGCGAUAUCAAUUUACCUCACCGUAGAGACGUCCGUUCGAACUGCUCUCGGCAAAUGGUUUCUGGUGGGAUGGCUAUACCAGGUUAUACUUGGCACUGUUUUAGGCGCCGUCCUAGGCCUUCUAUUUUCGAAGCUCAUGAAGCUAUCCCACAAUAAGGGCUUUAUAGAUCGUGAAUCAUACGUGGCACAGUACCUGGCUCUGUCCAUCUUUACUAUCGGAAUCGCGAGUACCAUCGGUGCAGACGAUCUUCUUGCAGCAUUUGCAGCAGGUUCUGCAAUUUCUUGGGACGGUCACUUCAAUGUACAGACAGAGGAUGACACAUUCUCUUCCGUGAUAGACUAUGUCCUGAAUUGUGGCUGCUUCAUCUACAUCGGCGCUUGGCUACCUUUUGACGCCUACAGCUCUUCCGAGUAUGGCAUCACCCCUUGGAAACUCGUUCUCCUUAUGAUUGCUAUUUUGGUUCUGAGGCGAAUUCCACCCUUAUUGGCGCUCUACAAGUUUGUACCUGAGAUUGCUUCCUGGAAGGAAGCGUUAUUCUCUGGCCACUUUGGUCCAAUGGGAGUCAGCGCAGUUUUUGUGUCUAGCUUAGCUCUUACGCGUCUACCCACUCCGGAACACCCGCCUGCAAAUCAAGCACAGUAUCUCGCCGCGACUAUUCAGCCUAUCGUUUCUUUUGUCGUACUUGGUUCUAUCAUCGUUCAUGGUUUGUCUAUUCCGUUCUUCAGCAUAGGUCGUGGUGUACACUCUCGCACGACUUCGUUGACCAUGACGUGGACCAACCGUAAUCGUGUUACGGCCCCGGAUUGGGUUAUUUGGGCCCGCCGUGCUCCCGAUAUUGUGGAGUCAAGUGCAGAUGAAGAUGUAGAGCGAGGCUCCACCAAGAUUCCUAAAGACAGCGAUGAAUCUGCUGUGGGUAUUCCAGAUACCCCAGUUGUUGCUGUAACUUUCGAGGAUGUUCCUGGGGACAUCGAGUCAGUCGUAACCAGACGUGGUAAGGAUGUCUCUUCUCCAGAACUGGUGCAGGUUGAGGCUGUCAACAAUCACGCUGGACCAGCAAAUCUGGAUAAUGGUGCUUCGGAUGAUAAUCAGAUCAAGAAUGCGCGCUUCCCGUCUGCUCAAUAACAACUACCGAGUAUCCGUGGAUUGGGAUGUAUAAAUUGUACUAACUUGUGCGGUCACGACUCGUCAUGUUACAUACGAUACACUGCCCACAUUGAAACCCAUGUUCCCCCUUUACAUUCCUUACUUCUUCUUCCGCAGCCCCUUUACCCUCCACUUUUCUUCGUGGUGGGAAUAAUGACAUGCACGCAUUCCCAAAGAUGUCAU